AUGGGGUGCUUCGCCUUCAAGAGCGGCAAGGGCCGUCGGCGGCCGGCUGGCGGCGGCAAGCCUCCGGCGGAGCCGAAGCCGGACGGGCCGAAGCGGAGCAAGGCGUCCUCGUCGUCGGCGUCGACGCCGACGAGGAGCAUCCAGGAGCUGUCGGAGGAGCGGGGCGCGGCGCGGCUGCGCGUGUUCGGGCUGGAGGAGCUCGGCAGCGCCACCAACGGCUUCAGCCGCGCGCUCAAGAUCGGCGAGGGCGGCUUCGGCUCCGUCUACCGCGCCUUCUUCCGCUCCGCCGCCGGCGGCCGCGUCGUCCUCGCCGUCAAGCGCCUCAACCAGCGCAGCCUGCAGGGGCACAAGCAGUGGCUUGCCGAGGUGCAGUUCCUGGGCGUCCUGGAGCACCCGAACCUGGUGAAGCUCGUGGGCUACUGCGCGGUGGACUCGGAGGCGGGCAAGCACCGGCUGCUGGUGUACGAGUUCAUGCCCAACAAGACCCUGGACGACCACCUCUUCAGCCGAGCCCACCCGCCGCUCCCCUGGAGGACGAGGCUGCAGGUCAUGGCCGGCGCCGCGCGCGGCCUCGACUACCUCCACCGCGGCCUCCCGGAAGUCCAGGUUAUAUACAGGGACUUCAAGGCGUCGAACGUGCUGCUGGACGGCGAGUUCCGGCCGAAGCUGUCGGACUUCGGGCUGGCGCGGGAGGGCCCGACGGAGGGGCGGACGCACGUGUCGACGGCGGUGGUGGGCACGCACGGCUACGCGGCGCCGGACUACAUCGAGACGGGGCACCUCACGGUGAAGAGCGACGUGUGGGGGUUCGGGGUGGUGCUGUACGAGAUCCUGACGGGGCGGCGAUCGGUGGAGCGCAGCCGGCCGGCGGAGGAGCAGAAGCUGCUGGGGUGGGUGCGCCGGCACCCGCCCGGAGGGGACAGCUUCAGGACCAUCAUGGACCCGCGGCUGGGCGGGCGGUACCCGCUGGCCGCCGCGCGCGACGCGGCGAGGCUGGCCGACCGCUGCCUCGGCAAGAACCCCAAGGAGCGGCCGGCCAUGGCGGAGGUCGUGGAGGAGCUCGAGCGGGUGCUGCGGAUGGAGCCGGCCCCGCCUCCGGCUCCGGCGACACCCAAGAGGUGA